CUGAAAAAAUGAACAUGGCGGCGAUUUGUUACUAAGUUACCGAGAGACGCUUAAUGGAUGCAAGAUGGCGAAAAUGUAACACAUUUCUGGUUGUGUUUAAUCUAUUUUAUAUCCCUGACAGUGUAGCUGACGAAGGUAUUUCUGGAUAAACAUCUAUCUUUUCUGCGUCGUUUCUUAUCAAACAUCGUAAUGGCAGGAUUGGAGGACGAAGAGCUAUCACUAGCUUUGAUAAACUACUAUUGUCACGAAAAGUUCUUCAACCACGUACUGAAGACUGCUGCUGCAGCCCAAAGAAAAUUCAACAAUGAGCCAAUCUUCAACUUUUUCCAUGCCUAUGGCACUCUCAUGCAAGAUCGAAUCCAAGAUGCCAUACAAGAGCUGGGAGCAAUCAAGGACAAGCGAGAUGUGUCGCUCUGCACUCUCAUGGCUCUGGUCUAUGCUGAGAAAAAGAGACCACACCCAGAUCGAGAUGUGAUUCAAGAGCUGGACGCCAAGGUGAAAGAGGACCGCAAGAGUGCCUCUCCCAAGGGCCUAUACUACGCCGGCAUGUUCCUCUGGGUGCUGGGCCGCAACGACAAAGCCAGGGAGUACAUGGAGAGGAUGAUCAAGACCUCCAACGGUUCUCGAGAGGGGAUUAUCCUGAAAGGCUGGAUAGACGUGACAUCUAACAAGGACGCAUAUGCCAAGAAGGCUGGGAAAUACUUUGACGAGGGCCUGAAAGAGAGAGUGGACGUGUUUGCUCUGAUGGGAAAGGCGCAGUAUUACGAGUAUCGCCAGAACUAUUCGGGUGCCCUGGAGAUCAUCAACCAGGUGAUCGUGAGUUUCCCUGGGUUCCUCCCCGCCUUCAUCAGGAAGAUGAAGCUGCUGCUGAGUCUGCAGGACUGGGAACAGACUGUGGAUGCAGCCCACAGGCUCUUACAGAUGGAUAAAAACAACCUAGAAGCCCUCCGGAUGCUGGCCCUGCUCUCCUUAUGCAGAGAUGGAGCAGUCACCGAGUCGGUGAAGCAGCUGGCCAACCUUGUCAGCAACCUGGACAUUCAGGAACCCAACAACCCUGAGCUGUCCUACAGGAUGUCUCUGGCCUUCACACCGAUGUGUGGCAGAAAUGAGAAGGUGAUCGAGCAGAGCCACUUCCUGGUGGACAGAGCUUUCUCCCAGGCGCCAGGCGACGCUGAGCUGGCCACUGAGCUGGGCUACCAGCUGGUCCUGCAGGGCCGGGUCAAAGAGGCCAAGAAGUGGUACCAGACCGCCAUGAACCUGGACGAAACCAGCGUGUCAGCCCUGACCGGAAUGAUUGGGUGUCAGCUGAUAGAGGGACACUUGGAAGAUGCAGAGCAGCAGCUGGAGUUCCUCACAGAGAUCCAGCAGUCUAUUGGAAAAUCAGCGGAGCUGCUGUACCUGCGUGCAGUGUUGGCAGUGAAGAGAUGUCGUCCCCAGGACGAGGUGGGCAAGCUGCUGAGUGACGCGGUGGACAUCCACUUCUCCGCCCUGCAGGGCCUGCCGCUGGGGGUGGACUACUUUGAGAAGCUCAACCCCGACUUCCUGCUUGACAUCGUCAAGGAGUACCUCGCCCUCUGCCCGGCCAAGGUCUCCCCCAGCCAGGGCCAGCCCCCAGCCCCUCAGCUCCAACACUGCGACUCUGUCCUAGACACCGUGGUGAAGAUAGUACCUGGUCUGCUGCAGGGGGUCUUCCUCUUGGCUAAAGUCCGGUUUCAGUCAGGUGACACCGAAGCAGCUCAGAGCAGUCUGCAGCACUGUCUGGACCAGUGUCCCUCGCAUGCAGAGGGACACCUGCUCAUGGCCCAGAUCCACCUCAUGCAGGGGAACUUCAAACUCUCCUCCCAGUCCCUGGAGCUCUGCCUCAGCCACAACUUUGAGGUGAGGGAGCACCCUGUGUACCACCUGAUCAAGGCCCAGGCCCAGAAGAAGAGCGGCCAGCUCCCGGAAGCCAUCCGGACCCUGCAGAUGGCCAUGCUGCUGCCGGGGGUGCGCAGGGCCGGGGCGUCCCCCAAGCCCCAGGGCAGGAAGGUGGAGCUGAGCCUGGCUGACUGCGUGUCUGUGUUCCUGGAGCUGGCAGAGGCCCUGUGGCUCAACGGAGAGCAGCACGAGGCUGCCAAGGUGAUGCAGGACGCCAUCAACGAGUUCUCAGGCACCUCUGAGGAACUGCGGGUCACCAUCGCUAACGCCGACCUGGCGCUGCUGCGGGGCGACACCGAGCUGGCACUGAGCAUGCUCAGAAACAUCACCUCAGAGCAGCCCUACUACAUCCAGGCCAAGGAGAAGAUGGCCGACAUAUACCUUCAUCACAGGAAGGAGAAACGCCUCUACGCCAGUUGUUACAGAGAGUUGGUGGAGAAGCAGCCCUGUCCUCACACAUAUCUACUGCUCGGGGAUGCUUAUAUAAACAUCCAAGAGCCAGAGAAAGCCAUCGACGUCUACGAGGAGGCUCUGAAAAGGAAUCCACAAGACGGGGCGCUGGCCAGCAAGAUCGGGAAAGCUCUCGUCAAGACUCACAACUACGUCAAGGCCAUCAAUUACUACGAGGCGGCGCUGAAGACGGAGCAGCAGAGCUUCCUGCGCUACGACCUGGCCGAGCUGCUGAUGAAGAUGAAGCAGUACGAGCGGUGUGAAAGGAUCCUGCAAGAGGCCCUCGAUCACCAGCCAGUUAACGAACUGCAGGCCCUCACAGACGACUGCCGUUACCUGGUCCUGUUAGCCAAGAUCCAAAACAAAGUCGACAAAAACGAGGAAGCCUUAAUGUCCUUGCAAAGGGCCCGGGACGUGCAGGCCAAGGUGCUGAAGCGCGUGCAGAUGGAGCAGCCCGAUGCCGUCCCCACGCACAAGCAACUCGCCGCCCAGAUCUGCGGCGAGAUCGCUAAACAUUACACCAGUCAGAGGGGCUUUGAGAGAGCCGUGAAGUUCUACAAAGAGGCUCUUGUGUAUUGUGAGAGUGACAGCAAGGUGAUGCUGGAGCUGGCCCGGCUCUACCUGUUCCUGGACGACAUCGACGCCUGCCAGCAGCAGUGUGGUCUGCUUCUGAAGAGCGACCAGGUCAACGAAGACGCUACGCUGAUGAUGGCUGAUCUGAUGUUCAGGAAGCAGGACUACGACCAGGCCGUGUACCACUUCCAGCAGCUCCUGGAGCGCAAACCAGACAACUACCCAACUCUGUCACGUCUGAUCGACCUGUUGAGGAGAGCUGGCAAGCUGGAGGAAGUUCCCAGGUUUCUGGACAUGGCUGACAAACAUUCCUCCAGGGCCAAGUUUGACCCUGGCUUUAACUACUGCAAAGGCCUCUAUCUGUGGUACACUGGAGAGCCGAACGAUGGAUUACGGCACUUCAACAAAGCCCGGAAAGACAACGACUGGGGUCAGAACGCCGUGUACAACAUGAUCGAAAUCUGUUUGAACCCAGACAACGACACCAUGGGAGGGGAAGUGUUCGAGAACCUGGACGGUGACAUGGGGAACUCGACGGAGAAGCAGGAGUCUGAGCAGCUUGCGGUGCGAACGGCGGAGAAGCUCUUGAAAGAGCUGAAGCCGCAGACCGCCAGCGGACACGUUCAGCUGCGCAUCCUGGAGAACUACUGCGUCCUGGCCACCAAGCACAAGGCCAGCGUGGAGAAAGCCCUGAAUGUUUUCACAGAGAUCGCCAACAGUGAGAAGGAGCAUGUGCCUGCACUGUUGGCCAUGGCGACGGCCUACAUGAUCAUCAAACAAACCCCAAGAGCCAGGAACCAGCUUAAACGCAUAGCUAAGAUGAACUGGAGCAUUGUUGACGCUGACGAGUUUGAGAAGAGCUGGCUGCUUCUGGCCGACAUCUACAUCCAGUCAGGAAAGUAUGACAUGGCUGCAGACCUCCUGAAGAGAAGCCUUCGCCAUAAUAAGUCCUGCUGCAAGGCGUAUGAAUACAUGGGGUACAUCAUGGAAAAGGAGCAGUCGUUCCGUGACGCUGCUUUGAACUAUGAGAUGGCCUGGAGAUACGGCAAUCAUACCAACCCCACCAUAGGUUACAAGCUGGCUUUCAAUUACCUGAAGGCAAAGCGAUAUGUGGACGCCAUCGACGUGUGUCACAAGGUACUGGAUGCACAUCCAAACUACCCCAGGAUGAGGAAGGAUAUCUUAGACAAGGCCCGAUCGGCCUUGAGGUGUUAAUGGUGGCUAGUUAUUUAGAAAGAGCAAGCAUUUUUACACUGUGUGUGUGUGAUUAUCACUGCGUUUAAUCGGUUUACAGUAUUUUGUGGAACUGAUCAUUUUAAGAUUUACAUCAUGGAUUGUUGACUUGUGCCAUGAUGUUUUUAUUGACAUUAAUAAAAUAAAAUAAAAAAACAUUUGA